AUGAUUGCCCUCGAAAACAAGGUCACGAUGGACGACCUGUCGGCAGCCGCGGACCAUGUGCUCGCCUCCUUCGACGAAGGCCUCUCCGAACAGACGCAGCGCGCAAUGGCUGGGGCACGCGUCACGGCGUGCGAUGACCGGGCGCACGCGGACCGAUCCUCUGAGCACGCGAUCCUGCGGUUCUCCGCCCUGCGUGCGGAUGAGUGCCGCAGGUGGGUGGCUGACGCCACCGACAAUGAGCUCACGAGCGUCACGAGUGGGAUGCGAGAGCUGCACGGCGCCUGGAUGGCGGGGGAGGCGCGCUCAAUCAAUCUCGAGCUCAACAAGCAGCAGCACGCCGAGGAGGAGGCGCGAGGGAUCACCCGUCGUCGGCUGACGCUCCUCGCGUGCGAAUCCGACUUUCGUUGCUGGCGCUAG